AAAAUGCAUCCCAACUUUGCCGGCACCUGGAAAAUGAAGAGCAGUGAGAAUUUUGAUGAACUUCUCAAAGCCUUGGGCGUGAAUGCCAUGCUGAGGAAGGUGGCUGGGGCGGCUGCUGCCAAGCCUCAUGUGGAGAUCCGCCAGGAUGGAGAGCAGUUCUACAUCAAGACCUCCACUUCAGUGCGUACCACGGAGAUCAACUUCCACAUCGGCGAGGAGUUUGAUGAAGAGACUGUGGAUGGCAGGAAGUGUAAGAGUUUGGCCACUUGGGAGACAGAGGAUAAGAUUUUCUGCAAGCAGACGCUGGUGGAUGGUGAUGGGCCCAAGACAUACUGGUCCAGGGAGUUGCAGGGGGAUGAACUCAUACUGAUAUUCGGAGCAAAUGAUGUGGUGUGCACACGGAUCUAUGUGCGGGAAUGA